GGGAGGGGGAAAAGUGGGGGGAUUCUUCUGCCAGCCGGCGACGACGUCGUUGCCCCUCCCCAGCGCAAGGAAAAAACCUGUUUGGAAUGCCGCUGCGUCAGAGGCCAGUCUACGGUCAAUCCGAUCUCCUUCCGUCUUGCUCGUCUCGGUGCAUCUCCCGGUGUUCGGAUGUGGUGGUCGCUACCUGUGACGGUCGCGACUGCUAUCUAAGUGACGGAUACCGUGAUCAUGUUGUGUUCAGUGCUAGGGCGGGUUCACUUCCAACCAUGAGGAUUAUAACUGUUGUGUGCUUUGUUGUCUCUGCGUGCCUUUGGCAGCGGACAAGCGGCUCAGGCCCAGUUCUCGCUUCCAUGUGGAACGAUCGGAGUGAUCUCUUCGAGUCAGGUGACAAGUCAUUACAUACCACGUCGUCGUUUCAAAAUGACAGGGAAGCUGCAUCAUCACCCGUAGACAUUCUAUUCAAUUCACCGCCAAGUGCAGUACCUUCCUCCCAUAGUCAAAAUGAAGGUAGGUUAGCGAGUGGAACUGAACACGUCGCAACAAAUGUUCGGCAUAAAGCAACAGAAACGAGUGAAGUUCCAAUGCUACAAUCCACCGCGAGAGACCCGAUAAUCUCCGACAGAGUGCAUGACGUUGCGUCAUCGUUUUCACCCACACCCGUCAUGAAAACAUCUACAUUCAUUUCGCAAACACCGGUUGAAGUAGCAACCUCGAGUAGGGGUGAUAGAGGGACCUUGGAAGUCGCAGGUCACGUACCUCAGGACGUGCAUGACGCUGUUCUCCUCGAGCCAUCAGCAAGGAGUCCAGAAAGCGGCAUAGCUUCAUCAUCUGAAUCACACGGCACUGAAACUUUAAUACUGCGCCCAGUCCUUCUGCGACGUAUGGGGGAUGACACUGAACCCACCGCAGAAGUUGCUCAGGUCGCUGACUCUGUUACGAGAGCCUUGAGGAGCGUUCCUCCAACGUUUGUUUCUGGAUUCCAUCCCAGCGCUACAUUUGGUCGAGAGGCCCCAAUAUCUCCUUCUCCAGCUUCUCAAGACGGUACAGAUCGCACAAGGGGAAACGGCAACCCAUCGAUAGACAACAUUAUCAGCGGCAUCAUUCAACUUCUAGGAGGUGAUAUCAAGCUGCCGCGUCCUCCUUCUUUGAGGCUUCCACCACCGCCAAUGGUUCCUCCCCCGAAGCUUCCAACUCGGAUUAACAAUCGAGGACCUCCAAACUUCCACUUCCCAGGGCCUCCGCGACCGCCGACUCAUGGCAUUGCCAACAUCCCUCACCCGCCACCGCACCUUCCAUCGCACCCGGGACAUUUCGACACUAUACCGCGGCCACCUCCCAACAACUUUCACUUCCCUUCGCCUCAUCCUGACAACAUUCACAUCGUCCCGCUAGCCCACCCUCCUACCAUGUACCCUACACCCUCCGAUGUGAGUCAUCUGCUGGGAUUGCACGACGUUGACAGGCGACCCCAAGAGGGCCAACAGCUUAGACCGACUGCGACACCGCCAUUCAGUUCGAAGUCCACUCUACUGGAACAGCACAUGCACGAGGAGCGCCCCACAGAACAAACAACGCUCUCCAAGAAAACUCAGAGCCCUGCGCCUCUACCGACGAGCAGCACUGUUACACAAUCCACAAUCGUGCUCAUCCAUGAGGGCCCUAUCACGUCUGACACUCCAACAAGCUCUAUUGGAGAUGUAACUGCCAGUGCAGUGACUGAACACACCAGCGAUGGAAACAAGCAUCUUACACCAAUAGGAUCCGAUGUAAGCGAGGUACCAAUUACCGAUAGAACCGACAACUUUGGAGCCGUACCUACUGGCCCGGUGUCUGACUGGCUACCAGUCUUCUUAAACCGGUCGGAGAGACCAGAUACAAUGAGGACCACUAUAAACAUUGCUGAAGAGCCUGAAAUUAUAACUGAACCUACAGAGCCUUCUGUGUUCGACAUAACCGUUGUACAUACGAUAGGAACAGUAAAUAACCCUAUCCAAGCUUCCAAGACGGAAGACGUGACCUUGGAACCAGCAUCCUCGGUCCUUUCAGAAACCAGGAUUCCCGCUAGAAACCUCUCGUUCAGCGACACAACUGAAGAAACUGUACCAACAAUAGCUCCGUCGCAAACAAGCACUACAGGGACGUUGACAAGACAACCACAGCACAGCCGAGAACCGGAUGUCGUUUAUGGAAAGCCAACGACCAGUCCCCCGUCUGCAAAGACGUCUGCUGCAGAUUCCUCUACUGCAAUAAUGAGCAGCAUCGGCGAGGACUCGGAUGUCGUGAUGACCCUUUCUGGUAAAGGAACAUUAACUCCAGAGAUGGCGCAUACCAGGACACCGACCCAGCAACAUAGGAGUCCGACAGGAAGACCAAUUGUGAUCCCAGUGGAGAUCGACGACGUACGUCCCGUUGUAGGUCCGCCGCCGAGCUUCCAACACGGAUUCGGUCGUCCAUCAUUUUCAACAAAUAGAGCUCCUGCAGCGCCAUCCAGCACAUCGCCACGUCCAAACAAUAGGCAUUCUACACCACCUUCGAAGCAGACGCCGCCCAAGCCACCAUCAUCUCGUCGCAGGCCACCGUAUCGACCCAAGAACAACUCCAGUAUUGUCAGGAUCGACACCUGCAUCGUUGGAGACGACUCUACGUGCGACAAUCAGCUGAACGAGUGGUGCAAAACAGAGCUUGGCGUCAGUUCGUGUCACUGUAGGCCUGGCUUUACCAGAUCCAUUCCCAGAGGACCUUGUACUCCAAUCGUCGUUGUCGGAGUGACACUCAAGCUGGACCGAUUAGGAGACAAGAAGCUAGUAUUCAAUCGAAACUACAGAAAUAAAGAGUCAGCAGAUUAUCAGCUCCUGGAAUACGAAGCCAAACAAGCUCUUCACAGUCUAUUCGCCAAGUCAAGCUUUUCCCGCGUUUUCCUGGACGUAUCCGUGAACAAGUUCCAGUCCGUCGGGAGCAAAGUACUGGUGAAUGCUACACUGCAGCUGGAGGAAAACGAUAUCACGCGGGUGCCCUCCGUCAAGCGUGUCAUCCAGCAUGAAGUGGUCAACAUGAUUAACCGAAGGAAUUCCAACAUCGGUGACAGCAGGCUUUACGUCGAUGGUCUUCUCAACUCUGGGCUCGCCGUCGAAGAUCUUAACGAGUGCAGUGACGCUUCUAUGAACGACUGCUCGAAGCACGGCAUCUGUGAGAACGUGUUCGGGACGUUCCACUGCGUAUGCAAAGCUGGAUACACGGACAAGUAUCCAGACACCAAAUGGAAAAGCGGGCGUACUUGCUCGGCGUGUGCCCCGGAUUACUGCAACAACAAGGGAGAAUGCCGCAUCAACAACGGACAGAGGGAGUGCAGUUGCCGUGGAAAGUACAUUGGAUCCCGCUGUGACAUCGAUGGAGAGGUGCUUGGCGUUGCACUGGGUGCGUCUGUCACAGCAGUCAUCAUCAUCAUCCUCACCCUCAUCUGUCUUUGCCUGUGGAACCGUCGCUGGAAGCGAGAGCAACACAAGGCAGAAGUCCUGUCACAAGCCCACUCAGUAGGUAGCCUCGGUUACCUGAGCAAAGCAUCGACCAUCGCUCCAGCGUACAGAGUGAGCGUGGAAGAUCGCCUACGGUGGCAGCACAUUGCCGACGCCGUUGGAAAUAUAUAUGUGCAACAAGACACCAUCAACCCACCUCCGAAGACACCACCGAUGUAUGCAUCUCAGACACGGGUACGAAGCCCCAGUCCACCUGAGGACAGCCAUUAUAGUCACAUCCAAAGACCACGCUCCAGAGGAGCCCUCUAUGGCCCUCCGAGUCACGGUCCGUACGAAUUCGAUCCGCAGAAACGGGACGCUUAUACGCCUGUGCUUCCAUAUUACAAGACAGCAACGCUACGAACCAUGUAUUCCUGAAUAUAAGUGAACUUAUGAAGUAGUGACACACUGCGCGAUUAUAUUGGACAUCGACACCCGUGUGUUGUGCAGUGCGACCGUGAGACGGGACUCCCACCGCAGACCAGAACGACAGGAGUUGGUGUAUGUGUCAGGCGUCGUCUUCUGACAGGUUAAUCCUGCAUAGUGCCAUCGUGAACAAUUCUGUACAAGCACCAGAUGCCGCCGGAAGGGAACUCUCGCAAACAACCGAGGAAUUACAGCACCAGCAGUGGAGCACUUCCGGGUAAAGUGCGGCUGCAUUUCCAGAUGUCCGUCCUUGCACCACUCCUGGUUCCUUGUGUAGCGACGCAAUGUUAACUUGAGAGAGGACACACUCGUGUGGAGAAUGGAGACGUUCGUACCAACGGUACUGAUGACAACUCCCACUUGAAUCUCCAUGUGGCCCCAUCUCUAUUAGGGAAAAGUCGUGAACCAGAGAUGGGGCACUGGUGGUAUAUCCUCUUAAAGUGGGAGGACACAUUGUGGUCAAUGUAAAUUAUCUCUUGCUUUUUAUUUUACGAAGCGGCCCUACGUGGCGCUGUUUGAGGACUAUUGUUUCGCGCACGAUGAUACCGGUUACGUCAUUUUCGUACGUCUGUCUAUUAACGCUGACUGAUGUCUGAUAUCUUAUUACUGCUCGCCCGCAAGCUGCGCUUGCUUUCAGAUACGAAUCGUCUGAAGUUGCCAAAAUAUUUUUCUCGAUCAGUGUCUUCUUAAACGUUAGCAUCGAAGAGACAGCUAGAAGGCAGCGGUGUACAGCAAUAGAGCUUUGUCGCUUUGUUGCAUCUCGCUUCGCGCAUCAGUUGCUGCAAGUUGUGAGGCACAGCGACGUACGGGCUUCCACAUAUUAGAAAAGAGCGAUAUGGCAGGAUUUCUUUUACGUCUCAGCAGAUAUAGUAGUCGCGCUCCAGUUGCACGCGACUACUGGAGGUAUACUAAAGGAAGUGAUACUAAAAUUGUAGUGUACAGCGUCGUAACACGCAUGCCACAGGUCAGAACAUUCGGUCUCAAAGAGUACUUUUACGAGUUACAGUUAGAAGAACUGAAUUGCUCUUUUCUUUGCAAUGCGCUAAAAUUAUGCGAGUUUCUGCAGUUCCUGUCUAAUCCACGACAAAGCAAUAUCACGAUGCACCGCACCGUUAUGUCAGAUACGUUUCUUUCUUUUUUUUUUUUUUUUUUUUUUCUGGGAGCCUACAUCUGAUUCAACAAUGUGCUCGUCCUAUUGCUCUUAGACUGUGCAGAACUGAACCUCCCCCACCCAUCUUCCUGCAAGUGCUGCUUGCAGGAGGACGCCAGACGAUCACAUGAGCGCACCGGCACAACUAUUUCAUGUACCGGUUUGCGGUCGGACUUGACGAACGCGUUCACGUUUGUAUGAAUACAUGUGUGUAAGUAAAACCGGACUUCAGGACAUCGUAGUUGCAUGACUCCUAACCAUUGAGCGGGCUUUGGAAUAGCUGGAAUAGCUGAUUGAGGUGUACAUUUCAUGACUCUGCGUUAAAGAGUGUACCACUCUACUUACACUGUGUUAAAGUUAAACUCUGUUAUAGUGCCAGUACAGGCUAAAUCUCGUGUCUUCAGCCGUCGGUAGGAUUCUUCCUUCUGCAGGAUUCACCGUCUUCGGUCGUCUUCAUAAAUUCGGUAGGAUGCUAUGGAAUUUAUGUCAUAGCAAUUUUCACGUUUCACGUUGUAGUCUCCUAAGAUAUCGUUUCUCUGUGUGACGUGGAAGUACCAUAAAAUAAAUAUCUACUUCCGAGAAGUAUUACGUCAUUGGGUCCCCAAUCUACCAACGCAUCUGGCAACAUUGCUCCUCGAAGGUCGAUCUCUACUGUCUCUUCACCACAGCUGCUGCCGGUCUUCCAACGAGGAGCGGAGAGCGGUGACACGGGGGAGACAGACGCCAGAGCGCACGGUGACGUCAUCUACUUGGGGAGAAUCCGAAACUAUUCCUUCGAAAAUGCGCGGAAGCGUGUAAUGUUAACUUACUGCAUUUAUAUUUUGCGCGCUGAGUCUUUCAAAGAUAUUGAUUUUUAUUCGAAAUAAAUUAAAUUGCUUUACAACACUUGCGGCAUUACUUACGGCCCUUUAAAGAGCUACUCACACGGUCCGAUAUGCAACUGCGUGUACUUGGGCAGAGCAGUGUCGCAGAGCCCUGUAUUUUUGUUUAUUUUUUGUUAUCAAUAACGUUUGUACUACUUACCCCGACGUGGCAUUAACGGUACAAACCAUGUAAGGGAACUGCAGUACGCGAGCCGUAAAAACAGCACAACUUCUGCACGUGUAAGGUUACGUGCUCCGAUGCGUCGUGCUGAUGCGCGGCAGUGUUGUUUCACUGCGUUUCUAUUCCAAGGCUUGCUCAAAAAUACAUGUAUAAGUUAUUUUUGUGUGAAAUAUGAAUGUUCUACGGCGCAAUAAAGGCAACAUGAAACCCUA